ACGAAACCAACCUUACCUCAGUCCCUCUCUGUAUUCACUUCCAGGUCGCUUUGUCACACCACGUUGCUCGCUGGGAGGGUCCGAGCUCGUCACUUUUACGUUCGAGUAUCGUGAAGCUGCUGGUUACUUCUUUUGCGUUAAGAUAAAUUAACAAUAAACUACUGCAGUAAUCUGCAGAAAAACGGACAGUUCAUGGGGGAUGCAGUGGUUGGUGUCCCCAGCAAAGAUCAGCUGACCUUGAUGGAACAGACUGUCUCCAACUGCAGGGAUCAAGAUGAGAGAAUCUAUAUGGACUACAAUGCUACCACCCCAUUAGAGCCAGAGGUUAUUAUGGCUAUUACUGAAGCUCUGAAGGAUGCAUGGGGAAACCCCAGCAGCACAUACUUGCCUGGCAGGAAGGCCAAAGGGAUUAAUGAUAAAUCUCGAGAGACUGUUGCUUCAAUGGUAAACGGGCAAGCAGAGGACAUCAUCUUUAUGUCAGGUGGAACAGAGGCAAACAACCUGGUUUUCCACACAGCUGUUAAGCAUUUCUGGGACAGCUGGGGAGAGACUCUGCUGAAUGAAGAGCAAAUGACUGUCCUCCCUCACAUCAUCACUUCCAGUAUAGAGCAUGACUCUGUGAAGAUCACUGCUGACAGCCUGCUGAAGGAGGGUAAAGCAGAUAUUACUUUUGUGAAGGUUUCUAAAGUGACGGGCCGAGUGGAAGUCAAUGAUGUGCUGGCAGCCAUGCGUCCAAACACCUGCCUCAUCUCAGUCAUGCUGGCCAACAAUGAGACAGGGGUCAUCAUGCCAAUUAAAGAGCUCUGCCAGAGAGUGCAACCCCUUAACGUGCAGAGGUCUGGUCCCAGAAUUCUUUUGCACUCUGACGGUGCACAAGCAAUUGGUAAAGUCAAGGUGGACGUGCAAGAACUUGGAGUGGAUUACCUCACCAUAGUGGGACACAAGUUUUAUGGCCCAAGAAUUGGUGCAUUGUAUGUAAACAAGCCUGGAAGCAUGACUCCAUUGUUCCCAAUGUUCUUUGGAGGUGGACAAGAAAGGAAUUUUAGACCUGGGACAGAGAACACACCAAUGAUUGCUGGUCUUGGAAAGGCAGCAGAGCUGGUGAACCUGCAUCUUCCAGAGUAUGAGGCCCACCUGUGUGAUAUUAAACAGUACCUAGAGCAGCGGCUGCAGGCUGUAUUUGGGAAGGAGAAGAUCCACUUCAACAGCCAUUUUCCUGGUUCGGAGACUCUCCCAAACACCUGUAAUGUGUCACUGCUCGGGCCAGGCUUAGAAGGUUGGAAGGUGCUUUCCAGGUGCAGGUGGCUUCUGGCGAGUGUGGGGGCUGCAUGCCAUUCUGACAAAGUGGAAAGACCCUCUCAUAUUCUGCUGAGCUGUGAUAUUUCACCAGAGGUGGCUGCAAACGCACUGAGGCUGAGUGUGGGCCGUAGGACCACCAGGAAGGACGUCGACCUGGCAGUGGAGGACCUAAGGGAGGCUGUAUGUCGGCUGGAGGAAGGCUCUUAAGAAGCACCCUCACUGGGGGUCCACUGGUCCUGUGUAAAGUAUACAGAGCUAAAUAAAAUACAAGAGCAGACAAAUCACAGCCUAUAUAAGGUACUUAUAAGUUUUUGUUUUCUUCAGUAGUAAUUUAUUUUUAAGGGAUAUUAAGAGUCAGCUCCUGCUAGCUGUAUAGUGAGUCAAAUGCUUCUGAUAUUUUGUACAUGAUGCGUUUUAGAGUAUUUUUUAGGAAGAAUCAUGUCAAGUUACUGUUACUUAAGAAUUAUGCUUGGCAUGUGGUUUAUUCUUGAAUAUAGAAUGAAAAAUAAUUUUUUCAAGGAAAUGAACAAAAUA